GUUUAUUCGACCCCUGGCAGCAAUCCAAUGGAUCGCAACAUCCACAACUUCGAUCAGACUGCCACCUGCGCUGAUUUGUCUACUAUUUGAUCCUCUUUCUUUCAAGUCCUCCAAACAAACCAUCCACCAUGCCGCCGAAACGCGUAAAGAAGGUGAUGACCCUUCCCAUCAAUGUCAUCUUCUCGCACCUACAGAAAAAGACUCGUGUGAGAGUAGGCUUGUAUGAAGACACUCGUCUCCAAAUAGAGGGCCAGAUUAUUGGAUUUGAUGAAUACAUGAACAUGGUCUUGGAUGAUGCCGUGGAAAUUGAUUCCAAGAAAAACAAACGAGUGGAGGUUGGAAGGAUUCUACUCAAGGGGGAUUCUAUUACCAUGCUGCAAGAAGCACAACCAGUAAGGCCGAUGCCAGCAGGUGGGGACUAGUAGAAAUACAUAUCCCACGGGUGUGAGUCUGUGUGAAUUGUAUGAAUCAGAUAGAGCUUGCCACAAACGAUAGGAGGAUGAUGAAGAUGAUACAGUGCUGGCUAGAAGAGUCUUUGCUUUGAGUUAUUCGCUCGUGCCCAACAAGGCGAUUGGGCCCUGUUCUUUUGACGACUUUGCCAGGCAGUAUUCCAAUCUAUUCCAAAAGUAAAAGAUGUUUCUCUCCCCUAAUAGCCAUCCGUAAAAAAUUGCCAGAACUUCUAGCCAGAGCCAAAUUGCACAAUACAUGUACUGUACCGG